AUGCGGGCGCCUGGGGCUGACACCGCGGAGAGGCAACGGCGCAUGCGCACUCCCUCCCUCUCAGAGAAGAAGAGAGAGAGCGGGAUUAAAGCUGGGGAGCUAUGUGUGAGGGCUCAGGAGGAGAGAGCUCAGGAGGAGAGGGCUCAGGAGGAGAGGGACCAGGAGGAGAGGGCUCAGGAGAAGAGGGACCAGGAGGAGAGGGACCAGAAGGAGAGGGCACAGGAGGAGAGGGUUAACAGUACCAGCAGCGUUUGGUUUGAGGCCAAGUUCAGGGGAAACCAGUCUUUGUGA